AUGACGCCACAGGGCUACUUGUCGCUGCUGCUGCCUCUCGUGGCGACGGCAACCGAGUGUCCGUACGAGAGCUACGACGGUGCCAUCCUCGUGGCCGACGCCACCUACUGCUCAACGGCGGCGCCAGUCUGCGCUGUCGAUAAGGCGUGCCGCCGUUUGCUAAGCCACAACAUUUCCAGCGACCAAGUAAAAUAUUCCGGCUACACUGCGGUCGGUAACCUCACGGCGUAUCCGCACGACGAGCUGUACAUUGGCAAUAUAACGCACGUGAACGUCGAAGACAUGGAGCUGCCUUCGACGCUUCGCACACUGAGCUUUGACAACGUCAGUACGAUAAGCCUCGACGAUCUCUAUGGCGACGUCAUUGCCAACAUCACUGAGCUGUGCGGCAUUCCGGAGUUUGUGUCGUGUGGUCUUGGCGUUAUUCCGUGGCUCUUUGAGUGGCCGCCGCGUCUCGAAACGCUCACCUUGCUCGACAAUGAGCUGCAGACGAUCCCCAAAGCACUGCCGCCCACGUUGCGCGAACUGGCCAUCCAAGACAAUGCUCUUACGGACCUCGUGUACCUUCCCGACGGCUUGACAUUCUUGAAUCUGUACGACAACAGCCUGGAGAACAUCACGGACAAAAAUUGGACGCAGCUCACGUUUUUGCGACUUGGAGACAACCCAAUCAAAACGAUUACCAACGUCCAUCUCUCCAAGCAACUGCGCUUCUUCGACUGCGAAGGGUGCCCUAUCACAAACAUGGUCCUGACGCCAGAAACGUUCGAAGCGCUCGAUGUCCUGAGUGUCCACAACGGUGACCAAACGAACUUUGAAGGGUUUGUCAUCACGCGAGACAUCGAGUCGGACGGAAACGCGUGCAGUGCGAUUGGCGGCACCAUACGUGACCUCUGGCAGCACAAAUCGAACGUCACUGUCCGUGUUUGCGUCACAUUGCCGCACUCUACAAAUGGACCAUUCUAG